AUGCCGUCCACCAUUGAAUCUACAGCCAUGUUCAAUUCACUCAAGACUAAAUCCACGAAAGCUCAUGCUACAGCCGGACGUUUCAAACCAGUCACACAAUCUAACUCACACAAUGUGACAUAUUCGGAUAAAUCCUAUGGCAAUUGUGCAUCCUGUGGCAAACGUCAUUCCAGAUUCACAUGUCGACUUCGUUACGCUUUAUGUCAUAAGUGUGGCAAAACUGGCCAUAUUCAGCCUGUUUGUCGCAGUACCAAAACCUGUCGUUUAAUUCAAGCCCGAGACUCAGAAGUGAGUAAUAUGGCCAAACAUUUUUCUUCUUUAUCUUUGGCAAUUACCUCCCAUUCCGGUCACAUCCGUAAACGACUAUUCAGUUCCACUGGUAAUUCGCUUCAUUUCAUUUUGGACACUGGUAGUGUGGAAUCUCUAAUUUCUGUUCACGAUUUAAAACUGUUUGCUCCAGAUGCUAAACUUCAGCCGUCCACUGUCACCAUUAAUGGCAUCACUGGACACUCACUGCCUGUUGUUGGUUCUUAUACUGAGCAACCUGAUUCGACUGAUGAACAAAAUAUUGAACAACAAGCCGCUACGGAAGAAUUACGUGUGAAUGAACAAGUCCCAAGAAGGGCUGAACGACUGAGUGCAAAGCCCAGACUGAAUUACAGAAAUCCCGUGGUCAGCUCAAGGUGCGGCGAGUGUGAUGUGUGA